AUGGCAAGCAUCAGAGAAUCCGACUUCCCGCCUUUGCCAUCGCAGAAAGCUAAACGCCAGCGAUCGAACAAAAGCAAAGAUGCAGCCAAAUCACAACAACCAAGACCUGUUCGCUCCUACGCGACACUUGAUGAUCUUCCCGAUGAGCUCAUAUUGAAGAUUCUGGACUACCUGCCUGGUAUUGAUUUACAAGAUUUCCAACUGCAUACACUCCUGAGCCUAUCAUUAACGACCCGCCAUCUACACCGAGUGGUCAGUGAAAGGCUAUAUGCUACAUACGACAGCUACUUUUGCGAGCCAUAUCUUUUUCUUCGCACUUUGAUCUCGAACCAACACCUCGCGGAGAGUGUGCGUCACGCCAAAUUUAGAUAUGGCGAUGAUGCUCAUAUCGACAGAAGUCGCUACUCGCCGAAUGCCCGAGACAAAAAGAUCGUCAAGGAAGGAAUGAGAGCUCUCGAUUUUCCUGAUUGGAAGGGGUGGGCUACCCGCUGCAACUCCGAGGAGAUCGAGCUCGACAUCCUACACACAGCUGUUAUGUUGCACACUCCUAAUCUUGCAUCGCUCGAUGUUGAAGAUGGAAACAUAUCAGCCUAUUCAAGACCUAAGUGGCCUGAGCUUAUCAAGAAAGCAACGACCGGGGAACACUUCGGGCAUACACAUCGUUUUAGUGCCUUGAAAUCAGUUCAGAUCGAUGCUCAGAACAUGGUAAUACACCAUCUGGUGCCCCUACUGCGACUACAGUCCCUACAAAAGCUUCAUCUGCGAGAGUUGAGCGAGAUUGAACUGGACAUGCGGGCUCCAGCUGAACUUCGGCGUGCGCUUCCAGAGAGUUGCAACAACCUUGUCGAACUUGUCCUGGAAGAGUGCUUCUUACGUUUUGACGCUCUGACCACCCUCAUCAGCUCGGCACGAAGCCUGAAGAGUUUUCGGUUUGACGCCAACCAGGAAAGCGUACUAUUAGAUGGAUCUGGAAUUAUGCUUCAGAAUGCUUUGUGGCGACAGAGAAACUCCCUUGAGAGUCUCGAUAUAUAUCAUGACCCAUAUCAUGACGACGUCAGUGGCCCAGCUCAUGGUGGUCUCGAGCAGUUUUCGGUACUUAGUCAACUCAAAUGUCCUAUGCGUAUGGUGGUAGACGUGCGCUCAGGCGCAUCCGCAAGUGUGUUGGAGUUCCUGCCACCUGCCCUCGUAAGUCUCUGUCUUACGAUACGACAAGACUCUGGCGAAGAGAACUUCUUACCAGUUUUGGAGCGUAUGGCGAGCGAGUAUGUCACCACAGUUCCUCGACUGAGACUUCUCCGUCUCAACGUUCAGGUACCUGCUGAAGAUCUGGACUAUGAUUGGGAGCAUCUUAUUAAGCCUUGGUCUAGUACUGGUGUCGAGGUCAAUAUCAAUCUGCCUUCCGAGAGCGACGAUGAGUGGGGCGAUUGGCGCACUAUGUCUUCGGAUUCGGAGGAUUCUUCUGAUGAUUCGGACGAGGUGGAAUUAUAUAGCGAUACCGACAGUGAUGAAGAGAUGGUCUGA